ACUCACAAUGAAAUCACACCUGAUAGUAUUAGUCCGUAUUUUGCUGUGUUAACGUAUAGAGCACUUCUCCUGCACUUUUGAUAAACUUUGUGACAUAUCGAAAUAACAUGAUCAGUUUUUAAAAGAAAUAUCAAGUUAACGGUAAAGUGUAUAGUAGAUCUUAUUCGCCAACACGUACAACUUCAUGAAAGUCAAGAUGCAGUAUUUUACAAUCUCAAAAAUAAGACUAAUCACCCUGUUGAUAAUCAAUGAGCUAAUGACUUUAGCUUUAGCCCUACCUCGAGCAAAAGACAGUAGAGGUACUGGAGAAGUGAUAGCUAGAAAUGGUAUACAAACAGAGCCCACAUGUGAGGAGUUAAAAGCGAUGUGGAGGUUUUCAAAGAGACAAUCGAGAGCCGCGGAAAUAACAAAUGAACUACCCAUGUACAGAGAUCCUUUUAGGGAGAACGUCUGGACGCCGUAUUAUGCUACAUCACGAAGCGUCGGAGGACAAAAAAUUGGACGUUUUAGAACUCGGCCCAUAUACGGAACUCUCAUUACCACUCCUCGAAGUAGUGACGAAAGAUACAAAGCUUUUCAAGAAGUCGCUAGAUUGUAUGGAAUGCCGAUAUCAUCUGAACCAAGGCGAAAAAUGACGACGACCUUCCGUUUACCUGGAGGAGGCAGAAUUCGGACAGUCGGCAUGUCACCCGUUCAAGGAAGUUUUCAACAUUUAAAGGAAUUAAUUAAAACAGAACGGGCUCGUGAACUAGAGCAACAAAGAGCGAGCGAAGAAGCAGCCGCUCGAGCUGCGACACUUAAAGAAUUAGCAACCGGGAAACAGAAGACCCAUGGAUAUAUGGAUACAUAUGAAUAUCUCGCAGACGAACCUGAUUUUGACCCUGACGAAGAAAACUUACAGAAACCAGGACUUCUUUCGUUCCCUAAUCCGAUGGCACCUCCAUCUAGAACGAUGAAUCUCAGAAUGGUGCCCGAUUUAGCGUACACACGGAGCGCAGGUCGACCUCGGACAUAUAGACCUACAAUUUUUGAUACUUCUUUUACUGACGGUUACAGUGGAUAUCUGCCAUAAGUAUUUAGAAACAAAUAGAUCUUAGGUAGAUGUUAUGCCACCAUAUUUACAUGCUCUAGUAAAAGCCACAUUAACUUAUGGAGGAAGUUCUAUGUUUCCUAAGCUUUCCUAGAAGAGAUAUCCGCAUCAUAUCAUGAUAACAAGAAAAUUAUUUAUCUUAGUGUUAGUCUAACUAUCUGCCCUCAUUGACUUUUGUAAGUAAGAAGGAGUGAAGAACAUUUAGUCCAAAGUAUAGUGUUAUUUUCUCCAUGAAUUGAUUAAGAUCUAGGACAAUCCGUUGCCGACAAUAUUUGCGAGCCGCAUCGGGGCAAUCUCAUCGAUAGGAUCUCACUGCCAGACUUCCAAACGCUAUCAAACGACACUACCUGAAAAAUCAAUAUUUACUUGAUAAAGCUUGACAGAGACUAAAUGUUUUUUACACGGAGUAUUACUUCAAUAUUACAUACAUGUAUUUCAAGCUUUAUACCAUGUAAAACUUUUAUUUUAAAGAAAUAAUAAUGUUGUUUAUUGAAAUUUACUAUUUAGUUGGGAAUAAGCCAUAAUUUUACUUUAAAAUGAGUUUAUUUGACGCUUCGAUUUCCACUUCGGAAAUAGUUCUCUAUAUAAAUAGCUUUAGAACAAUAAUAACAUUGUUAUUAUGAUACCUAAGAGGACUUUGACUUCUACUGUAAAUAUUUUUAAAACUAGGCCAAUAGCCAUGCAAUAGAUAAAUGUAUGUCGUAAAGUUGUGCUUUAAAGACAUAGUGUGUAUCUGCCGUUAUUGGAAGUUUGACAGUAAGUUUCUUAGAGUUGCCCCAUAGCGAAAAGCACCUGAGGAAAGAUAGCGGGACAAGUCAGCAGCGGAGAGUCUCUUUCCAAUUAAAAGUUGAUGAGUUUCCAUUGAGCAAUUUGGAACCCAAUAAAUAUUUCUAUAAACAAUUCAAACGGAUAAAGUUUCCUAACAAGACAAUAAUUACGUCUAGAAAAAUAUUCUUGAAAACACAUUUUGUUUAUAGAUUUGAGGUAAAAUUGCCCGGUAUGAAAUAAUAUUAUGAAGUUUACAAGAUUUUUCGUACAACCCAGAUGAAGUUUUAUUUUUAAUGGUUGUAGGAAAAAACAAUGCAAAACGUACGGAGUAUAUUUUUCGUACAAUAUAAGAAGUCAGUCUGGAAUGUACAGGGUGUAUUGUGAUGAAGAUAUUUUUCAGUGUGUAACUGUUUUGUUGGAGGCUGGACAUUUUUGGAUUUUUUUGGUAACAGAACAAUGUCUUUAUCACAAUUCAUCUAAACGAAUAUACAAUUAUAGCAAUUAUUGUCCCGAAAUUAGAUUUGUAUAUUUUUUGUACUAAAAUAUGCCUAAAAGUGCACCAAUAGUAGUAAAUAAGAAACUGAUAACAGUAGAGACUUCUAUUGUAUAAUUAUUAAGUUCUAUUAUCAUGUUUCUGUUGAAAUUUUUUCUUGUAUUAUUAUUUAUUUUGAAUCUUGUUAAAGUUCCUGUACCGGACGUUUCUUUACCUCGCUACGUCUUCUAAAUACUCGUAUAUUAUAUUAACUCUAUUUACUAUUUCGAUAAUAUUCGAUUUCGAUAAUAUAUUAGAUUAACUCAAUGCAAGAAUGAGAGACAAAAACCAAGAAACACCUUCGUGAAUUUUACAAACAACAAAUAUUAUGGAUAUAUAUUCGAAAAAGUAAAAAAACUUGUGUACUUCUGGAUGCGAAUUGUUGGUAAAUGCCAAGAGGUUGACCAACAGUAAAAAGGUAGAGAAAAUAUUAAGUAAAAUCAAAAUAUCCAUCUAGAACCAUUUAAUAAUAAUGGUCAAAAUAGAUCAGCCUCUUUAGCAGAUGUAGAACCUAAAGUGGCCUACGAGUGGAUAUACAGAAUUAAACUAAGCAAUAAACAAUACAAUAUACUAAACAAUAAGCAAUGGAAAAUUGGUCAUUUGCACACAAUUCACUUUUUUAACUGCUGAGGUAAUUUUGGGUUUUAUUAACACUUUAAGCCCCAGGCUUAAAGCACUAUGCAUGUCACAGAAUCCUAAAGAUUUUUUCUUGUUAUCAGGCCCACUAACGCAUGUAUACGACGGGUAUAAAAAAUAGGCAAAUUUGCUAAUAAAACUUGUUACAAAGUUAUUUGAAAAAGAAUUAAUUAAAAUAUUUGCUUCAUUUACUUCGAGUUGAAAACAUGAAGUUACACACAAACCAACAUUACAAUUUGAACACAUAUAUCUGAAUUCACUCAUUUUUUCAUCUGAAUCUUUCUUUAACUGCAAACAAUAACAUCAUGGAACCUUCUAAUCUGAAACUGAAGCAGGAAAAUGUCGACAAGAGAGCCUGUCAAAGAUUUCACCUUGAUUUUCAACUUUAAAUCUGCUAAACAUUCUUUUUCUGGUUUUUUUGUCCAAUAAAGCGCAUGAGCUUUAAGAAGUGAGAGAUUCACCAUAUGGAAGAAUAGUUUCUUGUGACGUAGUAUUUGCAAAUUUGUGUCUCAAGCUAUUUACAAUUAUUUAAAUAAAUUAAGGGUCAAAUUAAUUGAAUUUACAAGUCUAAAAUGAAAGCUUUUGCCUUCAACGCUGCAGAAAAAAAUGUAAAAACGUCCCCAAUGCCUACGAAGAUCAUUUAGAGAUCAAGUAAGCUAGGCAAAGAAAAUAAGAAACCUACAAUAUGAAUAUGAUCAGAAUAGAAAGAGCUAAAACGAACUAUUAAGAGGAAAUACAGUAAAAACUGUGGAAAGUCUUUAGUAGUAUAACAAAAAAAACAGCUAAAAAUCUACCUUACAAUGCUAGCGAAACAAGUUUUAAAAAAAUUAAAUGGAGACAUGAUAAAGAGGUAGAGGAGAAAUCCCUUGCAAAGAUAUUUUCUCAAAUUACAACUAAUUUAAAUAUACGGCACAAAUAAAUACCUUGACCAGUUGAAUAAAAUAAAGUAAUUCUUUUUUUCACUUUCUACCAUAAAAACAUUCAUAAUUCUUUAAUAUAUGCUCAAUACAUGUAUCUGAAUUUAUGCUGUUAUAAAUAAAACUGUCGAUUAUUGCUGAUCACAUAAGUUUCUAAUAGAAUAUGUUCUUUAGUUUCAUUUAAGCCUUUUGUCUUUCCAUUAUUGAUAAUAUUCGACUGAAAAUAAUUUUCUUGGAGCCAAAAAAGUACGUGUAAGAGAUGAAGAAAUAGUUCGGUACAAGCGAGAUCUUUGUUUUUAUUGUAAGUACUACUUUUCUUCCAUAGUUUUAGAAUUAUAUCAUACACCGUAGCAUAUCAGCGUCAUACUCAAUUAAAAACUUCAGAUAUCACAAAACUAAGUAGUAUAUUUUGUAAUACUAUUAAAAGCAACACGAUAUUUUAUAAAUAAUAUUUUACAUACCUAUCAGACUAUAAUGUAACAAACACAACAAUCAAAAUUCUUUAAAAUAGUGGCGUAAACUAUGUUAUGAAAGUAAAAAAACCUUGCUCUAUUGUCUUCACUAAAAAGAGAGGAUUAAUGGAUACAACAAUCCUAAACAAAUCCAAAUAAUACUACUGAAAGAAACAAUAUGAAGCCGCUGAAAGGUAGACAAAGGGAGAUAAAUCAAAGGAAGAGACAAAUUUAAUCAAAUUAAUUUUAAAGUGGUGGCCAUAAGGAAAAAAAGAGAAAAAGGUCUCGAAGAUCAUUUAGAGAUGAAAUAGACGACGCAAUGAAAAGAAGAAGAUGGAUAUGAAGAUUUUCAGAACAGAAAGAACUGAAGAGAACAGCUGAGAGAAGGAAUAUAGUAAAAAACUAUGGAAAUCCUUACUAGUAAUACUUCUUGGUUGUCAUAAUAUGUUCUUUUCAACCCCAGUGGUACAUUUCAACCAUUAAAUAAAUGUUUAAUAUGUACCUAGAAUAAAAAAAAUGGUCAAAAAUAGAUCAGUCUGCUUAGCAUCUACAGAUUUCAAGAAGAUAACAACUUAACACAUUGUUCAACAUCAAAGUUCUAAAACAACUAACAAAAGCUUUUUCUCUACAUCUACCACUUUGUUCAAAAUAUUUCGAGAAACUGUAGAAAAUAAAAUGCAAGGAAUUUGCAUACCAGUAAAAGAUAAAUACCUUAUGCUGUGCUGACAAUAAAUUAGUCAUCGUACUGGACAAAGACAACCUCAGUUAUAUGUGAUUCGAAAAUUAGAACAGAAUUACAAAAGACAUGGAAUGUAUACAAUCAUAACAACAGAAUUAAGGCAACAGAAGAACGACAAAUGAAAGGAUGAGGCUAAUUAAGUAAUUUGUAAUAUCCAAUGUGAGGAAGUAAGAAAAGAGCCUGUAGAUCAUUUAUAGAUUAAGUAGACAAAGAAAUGGAAAACAAAAGUUGGAGAUAGGGGUUUGCAGGCUAAAAGCUAGAGAGACUAUCUAAAUGAAGAAACAUAGUGAGACACUGGAAAAUUCUGAGUAGAAGUAAAUCUUCUUUGCCACAUAUUCUUUGUAACCCCAGUGAUAUGCAAGUAUUUUAGUUUAAGUAGUUAAUAUGAUUACAUACAUUCUAAACCUCUCUUUAAUAACCACACAAAUACAGAAAUAUAAUGAAGAAGACGAAAAACAUCAAAUCAGAUCAAAGAGCUAGGGUUUAGUACAACAAACAGGUCUUAAAGAAAGGUCGACAAUAUUGUCAUAAUUAUAUAAAGCAUGUACCUAUAUAUGCCGCAACUUUUACUGAGUAGCUCAGUACUGGUGAACGGGAGAAAUUAUCCAGUAAUUACAUAUGUCAUAUUAUUAAGUGUUUUAGAUAACUUAGUAGAUAAUAGACUUAGCAUUGGUAAGAUAGUAAUGCUCUUAAAAGCAACACUUUGUCUUCCUGUUAAAAAUAUAUCAGCAGUAUACCAUUAUUCUCUUAAAGAUAUUGGUAUGAGGCUCUGGAUUCUAAUAUGGUUAGGAAAUACCGGUAUCUAGUUAUAUUUUCUUCCAUUGUAGAAAUGUUUAAGCAAUUUUGUUUCGACAAAACGGAGACUCUGUGUAUGAUAAUAAAUAAUAAACAUAACUUUAAGUGCAUAUAUUUUUAAAACCAUUACAUUUACGAACUAUUCUGUGGUGGAAGCCAUGAUGGUCAAAAUAUUAAAAAAACAUUAUGUCGAAGCAGCAUUCUAAAACGUUUUAAUGAGAAGAAAAUAUACGACAACAAAUAUUGAUAAAUCAGUUAUUGGUAUAAUAGUGAAAAAACUCUAUUGUUC